AUGCGAAAGUUGGAAUGGGACGACAUGGGAGUGAAAAUUGAUGGCUACGCCAUUUGCGCUUUGCUGAUGACAUCGAAGGCCUUCUUCAAGUCGAAGAAGAUUCUCGGUGCGAACCAUCCUGGACCGACUUCAAACAUCGCGAAGAAACAAUGCGAUAGGAGCAACCCGGCUUUCCCCUGGCCGAUCUACGAUUCACCAGGUUUUCAUCGUCAGGAGCCCGACCAAAAUCUGUCAGCGGUAUUGGAAACCUUCUCAACGGGCUUCGCCUCGCGUGGUAUACCAGGAAAGACACCGUUUGAUUUGGUAACUGGAGUAGGACAAGGAAAGGUGGCAAGACCCUUCCUGUUCAACUUCGCCAUCGAUGAUAUCAUAGUCGAAGAAUAG